AUGACCAUCGCCCAAGAACAAUCUGUCAAAGUCUCCGACGGCGAUUUACUGCAAGAUUGGGCGAUGGGUCACAUGGACCCGUCUUGGUGUCGAAUGAUAUUGGAUGAAUGGGUCGGUGGGGUCUCUGAUUAUGUCGUAUCUAACGUCACAAAAAUUUACGAAUUGACUCCGACAAUCGCCUCCAUCCGAAAGGCAACCACGUUUAUGCGAAGCGGCCCAGACUUGAGCUUUGUGGUCGGAGAGUGGAUAUGCGACGAGGGUAAGUGUAAGGUGAGAGGCCUGGUCGGCAGUUUGAGAGCUGGCUUACAACGAUGUUUACCUGGGAUAGGAAAAUUAACUGGUUUUUGGGAACUUGCAUGUGAUCCAGUCGAAAUACCCACGAUCCGUGCCGAUCUUUCCAAGGAACAUGAUUGUAUUGAUGAGAGAUUCAACGAUGGGACGAUGACAAAUGACAAAUGA